AUGGCUCUGCUCUGGUGUCCUGCUGCAGCCUGGCUGACCCUGGUCCUGGUCCUGGUGUGUCCAGAUGAGGCCGCCCCACCACAGGACUGCACAGGCAUUGAGUGUCCACAGCUAGAGAACUGCAUCGAGGAGGCGCUGGAGCCAGGUGCCUGCUGUGCCACUUGUGUGCAGCAGGGCUGUGCCUGCGAGGGCUACCAGUACUACGACUGCCUGCAGGGUGGCUUCCUGCGUGGCCGUGUGCCUGCUGGUCAGUCCUACUUUGUAGACUUCGGCAGCACUGAGUGCUUCUGCCCACCAGGUGGUGGCAAGAUCAGCUGCCAGUUCAUGCUGUGUCCGGAGCUGCCACCCAACUGCAUUGAAGCUGUAGUGGCUGCAGAUAGUUGCCCACAGUGCGGCCAGGUGGGCUGUGUCCAUAUGGGCCGCAAGUAUGCUGCUGGCCACACUGUUCACCUGCCACCCUGCCAGGCCUGCCACUGUUCUGACACAGGUGGUGAGCUCAUCUGCUACCAGCUGCCUGGGUGCAAUGGAGAUGCUGAGCCCCUGCUGGCUGCCACUGCCGCCCCCAGGAACUUCUCAGACACUGAGGAAGGUGACCCAGGGCGGCACUACGAAGACCCCUACAGCUAUGACCAGGAGGUGGCUGAGGCAGAGGCAGUGGCGGUGGCGGCUUUGGCAGGAGAGCUUCAGGCAGGUGCAGGGAGCCCAGCUGCUCUGGGAGGCAGAGGUCAGCCCCUGUCUGCCAUCCAGGCGACACCUUGGCCUGCUGUCCUCCCUAGGCCCACAGCAGCAGCUGCCCUAGGCCCCCCAGCCCCUGCUCAGGUGAAAGCUAGGAGAGUGACAGAGAACAGUGAGGGGGCAGAGGAAGAAGAGGAAGAAGAGGAAAAGGAGGAAGGAGCUGUCAUGGAGCAGUUGGCAGCUGGCAGCCUGAAGGGGCUGGACAGGCUGCCCACUGUAGGUCCAGCUGGGCCAGGUCUCCUGGUCCAUGAGGUAGGGGCAGAAGCCAGGGCAGGGCCUGAAGAGAACCUCCUCCCUGAUGCCCAGUCCACCCCCCACAGCACAGAACAGGAGGGUGCCAGGCCUGCCUUGGCAUCUGGCAUAGCAGGUCCUGUUCCUACGCCGAGUGCUCCUGAGGUCCUGGCCAAGCCCAGUGUCCACACCAUCCUGACCACACCACUGCAGGAGGUAGCACAGGACCUCCCAACCCAGGAGGUGCCCAAGCAGCCGAAGAUUCUGCCCCAUCCCUGGGUAGAGGAGGAUACAGACCCCAACUCUGUCCAUUCUGUCCCCAGAGGUGGCCCUGAAGUCUCCACCAGGGACCUGAUUGAGACAUGCUGUGCAGCUGGGCAGCAGUGGGCCAUCGAUAGUGAUGAAUGCAUGGACAUCCCUGAGAGUGGCACAGAGGGUGACAUCUGCAGGAUAGCUCAGAAGCACUGCUGCAUCUCCUACUUGAAGGAGAAGACCUGCAUGGCUGGUGUCCUGGGGGCCAAGGAGGGUGAGGCCUGUGGGGCUGAGGACAAUGACACCUGUGGCAUCUCCCUGUAUAAGCAAUGCUGUGACUGCUGUGGCUUGGGACUUCGUGUACGGGGUGAGGGCCAGUUGUGUGAGUCCAACCCCAAUCUGGGCUACCCAUGCAACCAUGUAAUGCUCUCCUGCUGUGAGGGGGAAGACUCUCUCAUUGUGCCUGAGGUCCGCAGGCCUCUGGAGCCUGCAGCUAUACCACAAAGAGUUUCAGAGGCGGAGGUAGGGGGCCGGGAGGCCCUGUCACUGGGCACGGAGGCUGAGCUUCCCAACAGCCUGCCGGGUGACGACCAAGAUGAGUGCCUGCUUCUCCCUGGGGAGUUAUGUCAGCAUCUCUGCAUCAAUACUGUGGGCUCCUACCGCUGUGCCUGCUUCCCUGGCUUCUCACUGCAGGACGAUGGCCGCACCUGCCGUCCAGAUCAUGACCCCCCAAAGCCAGAGGCUGCAGUGGAGUCCGCAUCAAGGCCACAAUCGUCCCCCAUGGCCCCCAACAUGAUCCCGUUACCUCUGCCACAACCCAACACCUGCAAAAACAAUGGACCCUGCAAGCAGGUGUGCAGCAUCAUUAGGGAUACAGCCAUGUGCUCCUGCUUUCCUGGCUAUGCCAUCAUGGCCGAUGGUGUGUCCUGUGAAGACCAAGACGAGUGCCUGCUGGGUGCUCACGAUUGUAGCCGGCAGCAGUUUUGUGUGAACACCCUGGGAUCCUUCUACUGUGUCAACCACACAGUGCUGUGUGCGGAGGGCUUUAUCCUCAAUGCGCACAGGAAGUGCAUGGACAUCAAUGAGUGUGUGACUGCUCUGCACACGUGCACCCGGGGCGAGCACUGCGUGAACACUCUGGGCUCCUUUCGCUGCUACAAGGCCCUCACCUGCGAGCCGGGCUACGCCCUCACGGAUGGCGAGUGCACAGAUGUGGAUGAGUGUGCACUGGGCACACACAACUGCCAGGCGGGCUUCACGUGCCAAAACACCAAGGGCUCCUUCUAUUGCCAGGCUCGGCAGCGCUGCAUGGAGGGGUUCCUCCAGGACCCUGAGGGCAACUGUGUGGACAUCAAUGAGUGCACGUCGCUGCCUGAGCCCUGUAAGCCGGGCUUCAGCUGCAUCAACACAGUUGGUUCCUACACGUGCCAGAGAAACCCACUGCUCUGUGGGCGUGGCUACCACGCCAAUGAGGAUGGCACCAAGUGUGUGGAUGUGAAUGAGUGUGAGGCAGGCAUGCACCGCUGCAGUGACAACCAAGUGUGCCACAACCUCCCUGGCGCCUACCACUGUGACUGUAAAGCAGGCUUCCAGCGUGAUGCUUUCGGCCGGGCCUGCAUUGAUGUGAAUGAGUGUUGGGCCUCCCCGGGCCGCCUGUGCCAGCACACCUGUGAGAACACGCUUGGCUCCUACCACUGCUCCUGUGCUUCAGGCUUCAAGUUGGCUGCUGAUGGCAAGCACUGCGAAGAUGUGAAUGAGUGUGAUUCCCAGCGCUGCAGCCAGGAAUGUGCCAACAUCUACGGCUCCUACCAGUGCUACUGCCGCCAGGGCUAUCAGCUGGCUGAGGAUGGCCACACCUGCAGAGACAUCGAUGAAUGUGCACAGGGUGCCCAUAUCCUCUGUACCUUCCGCUGCCUCAAUGUGCCAGGGAGCUACCAGUGUGCAUGUCCAGAGCAGGGCUACUCUAUGAGUGCCAACGGGAGAUCCUGCAAAGACUUGGAUGAGUGUGCACUGGGCAGCCACAACUGCUCGGAGGCUGAGACCUGCUACAAUAUCCAGGGCAGCUUCCGCUGCCUGCGCUUUGAGUGCCCGCCAAACUACGUCCGCAUUUCUGAAACGAAGUGUGAGCGCACCACGUGCCAUGACUUGGUGAAGUGCCAGAACUCACCAGCACGCAUCACUUACUACCAGCUCAGCUUCCAGACAGGCCUUCUGGUGCCAGUGCAUAUCUUCCGCAUCAGCCCAGCACCCGCCUUCACAGGGGACACCAUCUCCCUGACCAUCACCAAGGGCAAUGAAGAAGGCUACUUUGGCACACGCCGGCUCAAUGCCUACACAGGUGUUGUCUUCCUGCAGCGUUCUGUGCGUGAGCCCCGGGACUUUGCCCUGGAGGUGGAGAUGAAGCUGUGGCGGCAGGGCUCUGUCACCACCUUCCUGGCCAAGAUGCACAUUUUCUUCACCACCUUUGCCCUGUGAGGCUGGCCACACUGCAGG